UUGCGUGUGGAGGAGCGGGCCAUUUCAGCAAGUACUGCCGUCGUCAACAAGAGAAGGGAAACAACGUGAAGCUACCGACCAGGCCACCAGGACUGGACAAGCAGAAAGCAGUACACACAAUCAAUUGGAGUGACGCAGAAUAAAUUCAACUGGAAUUGACGGCCAAGGUUCAGAAGCGUGGCGAAAGGUUUAUCAUGUGGGUAAUGAAGAAGUGCGAUUUAAGCUAGACACCGGAGCCGAUGUAAACUGUAUACCUAUUGAUGUAGUAAAUAAGGCUGGCUUACCAAUGCAGAAUGUAAAAAAUGCUCAUGUUGUGGAUUACAAUUCAAAUAAAAUAAAGAUUCAUGGGAUGGUUCAUUUGGUUUGUUCUGAUCCGGUGAAGGGUAGAAGGUACAGUGCUGAUUUCUUGGUUGUUGAUUCGAAAUUGGAGCCGUUGUUGGGUUUGCAGUCUUGUGUCGAGUUUGGACUAAUCAGUCGUCUGAACAGAGUUCAGCAAUCCGGUUUUCCUAGUGCUAAAUCAGACUUCGUUGAUAAGUUCCGGGAUGUGUUUGAGGGGUUGGGUAAGUUUCCUGGUCAGUGCUCGAUAGUACUCAAAGAAAAUUCGGUACCAACUUUGUUCUAUAGGAAGCGUAUUCCGUCGGCUUUACACGACAGAAUUAAGACUGAGCUCAAACGAAUGGAGGAUCAGGGUAUUAUUGCAUAUGUUGACUAUCCAACUGACUGGGUCAGUAAUAUGCAGGUGGUGGAAAAGUCGAACGGUGGGUUGCGAAUCUGCUUGGAUCCAAAAGCACUGAAUCAAUGUAUCAAACGUGAACAUUACCUCAUCCCCACACAGCAGGAUUUGUUCAGCCGCCUUUCUGGCAAGAGAGUUUUCACGGUACUCGAUUUAAGCAGUGGGUUUUGGCAAAUGGAGUUGGACCGGAAGAGUUCAGACUUGACCACAUUCAUGACUCCAUUUGGGCGUUUUCGCUGGACUCGCGUUCCGUUUGGUCUAAACAACGCUCCGGAAAUGUUCCAGCGGAAAAUGGUUCAGAUUUUCGGUGACAUCGAGGGCGUAGAAAUUUAUUUCGAUGAUAUGGCUAUUGCAGGGGUCGAUGAAGCUGAGCAUGACUACAUACUGUCGCAAGUGAUGCAACGGGCUAGGGAGCACAAUGUGAAAUUUAACAUGGAUAAGUUGCAGUUCCGUACAGACUGUGUUAAAUUUAUGGGAAACAUGAUUGGUAAUGGAAAGGUGCACCCAUUGGAAAAGGACGUCAGAGCAAUUACCGAUAUGCCACGGCCAGAAAAUGUAGCGGAUGUUACUCGCUUUCUUGGCCUAUGUAAGUAUUUGGCAAAAUUCAUUCCGAACCUGUCACAGCGAACAGCCAAUCUCCGUAAACUAACACAUAAUGAUGCGCCGUGGGAUUGGAGUGAUGCACAAGAACAAGAGAUGAAUGAUAUCUUGAAAAUGAUUUCUGAUGUCCCCGGGCUUGCUGUUUUCGAUCCAAAAAAGCCCUGUAUCAUUCAGACUGAUAGUUCGAAAGACGGUUUGGGAUGUGUCUUGUUACAAGACAAUGGCCCUGUAGCGUAUGCUUCAAGAACGCUGACGAAGAGUGAACAACGAUGGGCACAAAUUGAAAAGGAAUUGCUCGCGGUUGUGUUCGCAUGCCAAAGGUUUCAUUAUUUUAUCUAUGGUCGGGAUUUUGUGGUCCAGUCUGACCAUAAACCGCUUGAAACGCUAAUCAAAAGGAACAUAGAUGACGUCACCCCUCGUCUCCAGCGAAUGUUCCUUAUACUUCUCAAGUAUCCUGGACUGUCUCUAGUGUACACGCCGGGUAAGAAUUUACUGGUCGCCGAUUGUCUUUCAAGAGCUGCGCUUCCGGAAACUGGAGAAGUUCAGGAGGAGUUGGAACAUGUAGUCCACGCCCUUGUUAAAAAGGCCUGCAUGUCACAGGAUAACUUCGAUUUGUACGUGGACAAACUGAACCAAGAUGAACGCUAUUUACGCAUCGUUAAGUACGUUCAGACUACUUGGCCACCAUAUAACAAACUUGAUGAUUUGGGUCAGCUGUUCUACAAACAUCGCGAUGAACUUCAUUUUGAGAAUGGGUUGCUGUUCAAGGACCAUCGAUUGGUAAUACCUACUGCGUUGCAGACAACUGUAUGCAAAUGGCUGCACGCUCCGCAUAUGGGUACUGAGAAAACACUAUCUCGAGCGAGGACGCAGUUUUUCUGGCCAGGCAUAACAAACGACAUCAAGGAAGUAACAAGCAACUGUAUGGUAUGCGAGAAGUUUCGAAGGAACAAUCAGAAGGAGCCACUGAUGCAGGAUCCGUCACCUGAGUACCCGUUCCAUCGCGUUUCGACUGACAUCUACGAGUACGGCGGAAAUGACUGGUUGGUUCUCAUUGAUGCGUAUUCUGGAUUCAUCUGCUCUGAUCGACUGGAAGACAAAACAAUGCGCAGUGUUUGUAAACUGUUUGAUCGAUUCUUCAAUUGUUACGGCUAUCCAACAGUAAUUCGUAGUGACAAUGUACCAUUCAACUCACGAGAAUGUCAAAGAUACGCUAACCUGAACAACAUUUCGUUUGAGUUUUCAAGCCCCAGAUAUCCUCAAAGCAACGGACUCGCAGAAAAGGGGGUUGCGAUUGCCAAAAAUAUUUUGAAACGGUGCUAUGAAACGGGGGAGGUUGAACAAUUUCAGUACCGGGUACUCGAGUACAAUACGACACCGGUUGCUAGUAUGCAGUUAUCACCCAGUCAGCUGUUUUUUGGAAGAAUUGUGAAAACUCGUUUGCCUAUUGAGGAGACCUUACUGAAAAGGAGUUUGCUUAGCGAAAAUGACAUCCAACAGAAAAUUCUUCGAAAACGUGGUAUUCAGAAAAACUAUUAUGAUCGGCAUGCUAAACAGCUGCCUAUUCUGAAGUCAGGUGAUAAAGUGCUGUUCAGGAAAAAUGCACGUGAAUGGCACUAUGGAACUGUAGUUCGAGACGUAAACGGGCGUUCCUAUGUGAUUCGAGAUACUUUUGGUAAUCAUUUUCGUCGGAACCGUAGGUUUAUGACACGUACAAUCAACGAAGAGGCUGAUCCAAGUGAAGUUCUCCUCGAAGAUCAUGCAAUGAAAUAUUUUGCGAAUGAAAAUCGUCCAAGGGUUGUAAGUCCACCAAACAAUGCAGUCCAUCCUCGUACUUCACCUUGUAUGGAUGGGUCUGAAAUCGGUCCGCCCAGGCUUGUCAGUUUUCCUGAAUCACGUGUUGAUACACCCAGGGUUGAAAGUCCGCUUGAAUCAUGUGGUAUUGCACCAAUGGAUGUAAGUCUACCCGAGUCAGGUGCUGAUACACGCAGGGUUGAAAGUCCGCUUAUUACUCCACGGAAUAUCAAACCCGAAUACGUUGAUGGACCGAUACAACAAAGAGCUCAUAACUGUGAACUUGAGCCUGGUGGUCAGCCAGAACGGUCACCGAUCGGGAGUUCGAGGUCUACUCGUAGUGGACGUAUGGUUGUUCCGCCAGAUCGUUAUGGGCAAUGGCUCUACUAGGUUUUUGUUCAAGAAGAAAGCGUGUAAUAAUAUCAGUUUAUUGAACAACUCUAUAAAAUGAACAUCCCUAUUCUAUGAAAUAAAUCUAACACACACACCAUCACCAUGCAUUGCUGUAGGGACACAUAUUGUCAAGCUAGGUAGGACUGCGUCACUCACCAACCCAGUUCAUUGUGCGCUAUCAACCUUUAUGGACGUUAAUAAAAUAUCUGAAAAACCAAACUUAAAA